AUGGUAACUCAUAAGAAAACUCCCAUGGUAACUCCCAAGAUAACUCACAUGGUAACUCCCAAGAUAACUCCUAUGGUAACUCCUAAGAAAACUCCUAUGGUAACUCCUAAGAUAACUCCCAUGGUAACUCCCAAGAAAACCCCCUUGGUAGCUCUCAAGAAAACUCCCAUGGUAACUCCCAAGAAAUCUCCCAUCGAAACUCCUAAGAUAACUCCCAUGGUAACUCCCAAGAAAACUCCCAUGGUAACUCUCAAGAAAACCUCCAUGGUAACUCCCAAGAAAACUCCCAUGGUAACUCCCAAGAAAACUUCCAUGGUAACUCCCAAGAUAGCUCCCAUGGUUACUCCCAAGAUAACUCCCAUGGUAACUCCCAAGAUAACUCCCAUGGUAACUCCUAAGAAAACUCCCAUGGAAACUCCUAAGAUAACUCCCAUGGUAACUCCCAAGAAAACUCCCAUGGUAACUCCCAAGAUAACUCCCAUGGUAACUCCCAGGAAAACUCCCAUGGUAACUCCCAGGAAAACUCCCAUGGUAACUCCCAAGAUAGCUCCCAUGGUUACUCCGAAGAUAACUCCCAUGGUAACUCCAAAGAUAACUCCCAUGGUAACUCCCAAGAUAACUCCCAUGGUAACUGACAGGAAAACUCCCAUGGUAACUCCCAAGAUAACUCCCAAAGUAACUCCUAAGAAAACUCCCAUGGUAACUCAUAAGAAAACUUCCAUGGUAACUCUCAAGAUAGCUCCCAUGGUUACUCCCAAGAUAACUCCCAUGGUAACUCCCAAGAUUACUCCCAAUGUAACUCCCAAGAAAACUCCCAUAGUAACUCCCAAGAAAACUCCCAUGUAA